UCUAUGUAUUUUAGCCCGCAAACUUUCUUCAAACAAAAACAGCGCCAUCUAGUAUCGAGUUCUGUAAUUAUCUCUUUGUUUAUGGAUUUGAAGUAAGACCGCCACGCAUGCAAUACAUUAUGACUGGGGAUUCCCCUAUUCGUCGACGCUGAAUAUGAGGCGACGACAAUCACUGUCAAACGUGUUCACUAUUACUCUGACUCUGGUAACGUGACUUCCUGGUAACGUGUUAGGUAGGAAAAGCAGUAAAAAAGUGCAUAUUAAGGGAGCAGAUUUGAAAUAAUAUUUAUACUUAACAAGAAAUAAUUAAAGGUUCAAUGGGGAGACCUAAAGAUUUACGCAUAUGGGAGCACUACCGUACUUUACCAAAAAAGUCUGUUUCUUGCAAGCUUUGUAAUAAGGUCUACAAAUUCAGUAAUGCUGCCAAAAUGCUUCAACAUCUUAUCACUUGUCCAAAAUCUCCAGAAACAUUAAAAGACUCUAUGAAACUUAUAAAAGAUAGCUCGUCCAAAACCAAAAUGUCUGGACUGUCAGAGAUAGAGACAAAUGAUUCUUUUAUAAGCCCCUCGUCGUCUGCUAACACUACAAUAAAUGCUGAGUUUCAAGACACCAAUGAUCAUAUAAAAACAGAAUUAGCGAGAGCUAUAUUUGUAACAGGGACGCCAUUAUCGAUGGUGCAACAUCCUUUAUGGAUACAAUUUUUCGAAAAAUUGCAACCAAAAUUUAAAAUACCUUCACGUAAAGCUUUAGCGACAAAAUACUUAGAUAAAAUAUAUAGAGAAAUGCGUUUUGAGUUAAAUGAGGAACUAAAUGCUUGUAGUUACUUACACCUUCAGUGCGAUGGCUGGUCUAAUUUAAGAAAUGAAGGAAUAAUAAACUUUCUUAUAUCAAAACCUCAACCUGCAUACGUUAAAAGUUUGAAUACAGAAAGUAAUCCUCACACUAGUGAAUACCUUAGCCAAGAAGUUGAAAAAGUAAUGAAAGUGUAUGGAGCAAAUAAGUUUCUUGUACUUAUUGGCGAUAACGCUAGAAAUAUACAAAAGGCAUUCGAAUUAACAAAACUCAAAUAUCCACAUGUUGUUCCUCUCGGUUAUCACAUAUCCGUUAGGACAUAUCCUUAACUUGUUGUGCCAAGAUAUUGUAAAGAUACAAGAAGUAACUGUGUUUAUUAUGCAAGCCAUAAAUAUAAUAAAAACUGUUAAAAGGAGUCAACGAUUAAGUUCCUUGUUGAUAAAAUCAAGGCAGGGUGAAGAUUCUACACAAACACUAAAAUUGCCUUGUGCUACAAGAUGGGGAAGUCAUGUUACUUCGUUAAAAAGUUUGAAAGCAAAUAAGAUAGCUUUGCAAAUAUUAACAGUUAGAGAAGAUGUGGUAAUUUCAAGAGAUAUUAAAGAUUUAAUUCUUGAUGAUUUCUGGACGAAGACAGGGGAAUUUAUAAGUAUUUUGUAACCAUUCACUGACAGCAUAUUUUACUUAGAGAGCGACCAGAAUCGUUUGCAUCGCACAUACUUUACAUUUAGAGAUGUACAAGCUAAAUACGUUUUGCAUUAAAUGAGAUUUCGACAUUGAGCGAAGAAAGCAAACAGCAGAUUC